AUGCGCAAAUUGUUGGGAACUUCCGGCACUCGCAAACACAUCAAGCUGGCAAACAGCUACUAUUCCAAAGACGCGCCCGAAAUCCAAAUCGCGAAAGUCUUGGAAGGGCAGAAGAACAUGAACGGUGGACACGACCUAAAGAACUGGUCGCUAAGCGCCCGCAAGGUGCUGAAAGGAGGCUGUAGCGCCGCAAUUCUUGUACUUAAAGGGCAUGGCAGGGACGAACAGCCCUGGAGCUACGACGCUCCGAAGCUUGCGAUGAUAGUCACAUCUCCGGUCAUCCGUGAUUACUUCAUUCAGAACCCAGAGUCAACCGACUUCCCCGCCAUCAACCCUCAGUUCAAAGCUAAAGCUAUAGAAUCGGUCGCACAUUGGCUUCGGAUCUUAAUCACAGUACCCGAACUGGACAACAUUCGCCUUCCUAAGCUAGACCCCAAAAUGAGCGUCGCCGAUCUCAAAGACUCCCUCAACAUGCUGGGCCCCGAGUGGAACGCAUUCAUCGGAGACUUCAGGAAUCUCAUGCUCGCGCAAGCCAUGAAGCUUACAGAGGCCCGGUCUUUGGACAAGGUUAAGGAACGCAAGGAGCGGAACAAGGUCAAGAAAGAGAAGCACAGCAAGGAAGAUUUGGUGGUCAAGGAGGAGAAGAUCGAGGGUGCUGAGACCGCCAUGAAAGACAAAGAUACAAAGGAGACUGAGCAGGUCGUGAAGCACUAA